GACAUUUUGUUCCAAGCGAGCCUGUGUUAAUAAUUGGCCUGUUAAGAAUACUGUUAAUACAGAGUGUUAGACCAAACCAGCAAGCGGCUGGUUGAUUUCCCGUUGGAGUUGUCAGUCCAGCUAGUUAAUAAAAUCUGUGUCGUUGUCAGUUCUGAUUCCAUUGAAUCUCCUGUUCCUACCAAACUCUAUCCACGGAAGCAGAUCCCAACCCUCGCCACUCUCCUCUCUCCUUCACGUUGCUUAUUGUUAGCUAUACGACAAACUCUCAUCUACUCUACUUCCACCUCUUCUUCCCAGUCCCAGAUCUCCUGGGUCAACUCUAACAAACCAAACUCUCUUUUGUUUCUGUCUAUGCUUUUUGGUGCCUGAUCUUUGAAUCUCCAUGGAUGAAGCUCAAGCAACUUCUUCGACAGCUACAAGAAGCUACUGGAGAUGGAGCAAAAAAGACUUCUUCCCAGAAACCUCAUUCCAAACCAUGUCAUCUUACAAAACAGCACUUUCCCAAACCUGCCCUCGCCUCACUGACCGUCUCUUAGCCCGUUCCUCCUCAACCAACGAGCUUGUAACCCUUCAAAAAGUAAGUGAAAACCCCAUGCAGAAGUGUCUAACCUGGUGGGACCUCAUUUGGCUAAGCUUUGGCUCAGUUGUUGGUUCGGGCAUAUUUGUCAUCACAGGUCAAGAAGCUCAUGUCAACGCUGGUCCAGCUAUUGUUUUAUCCUAUGCGAUAUCUGGGCUUUCAGCAUUGUUAUCAGUUUUUUGUUACACUGAGUUUGCAGCUGAGAUUCCUGUAGCUGGUGGUUCAUUUUCAUAUCUUCGUAUUGAACUAGGUGACUUUAUUGCAUUUAUAGCUGCUGGUAAUAUUCUUUUGGAAGCUUUAGUCGGAGCUGCAGGGUUAGGAAGAUCAUGGUCAUCUUAUUUUGCUAGUAUGAUUAAUAAUGAUUCUGAUUUUUUGAGAAUUAAGGUUGAUUCUUUGCCUAAAGGGUUUAAUCUUUUAGACCCACUUGCAGUUCUGGUACUUUUGGUUGCUAAUGGGAUAGCAAUGAGUGGAACUAAGAGGACAUCUUCGUUGAAUUGGAUUAGUUCUUUGGUUAGUGGUGCGUUGAUUGUUUUUGUUAUAAUUUUUGGGUUUAUUCAUGCGAAAACUUCAAAUCUGGAACCAUUUUUUCCAUUUGGGGCAGAAGGGGUUAUCAAGGCUGCUGCUGUGGUUUAUUGGUCUUAUACAGGUUUUGAUAUGGUGGCAAACAUGGCUGAGGAAACUAAGAAACCCCGGAGGGACAUACCAAUUGGGUUGGUUGGUUCAAUGUCUGGAAUUACUGUGGUUUAUUGCUUGAUGGCUUUAGCAUUGGUCAUGAUGGUGAAGUAUACUGAGAUUGAUGUAAAUGCUGCAUAUUCUGCUGCUUUUGAACAAAUUGGAAUGAAAUGGGCCAAGUAUUUGGUCAGUAUAUGUGCACUCAAGGGAAUGACUACUAGCUUGUUGGUUGGAUCUCUUGGACAAGCUCGAUAUACAACUCAGAUUGCAAGAGCUCAUAUGAUUCCUCCUAUUUUUGCUUUGGUUCACCCCAAAACUGGAACUCCUGUUAAUGCUACCCUGCUGGUGACAAUGAUUAGUUCUAUUGUUGCAUUUUUCUCUAGUUUAGAUGUUUUGUCGAGUGUUUUAUCUUUUAGUACACUCUUCAUUUUUAUGCUAAUAGCUACUGCAUUGCUUGUAAGGCGAUAUUAUGUGAAGGAUGUUACUCCAAAGAAUGAAUUGACAAAAUUUCUCACAUGUCUAUUCACUAUUAUUGGUUCUUCAAUUGGAGCUUCAGCACUUUGGAAUUCUCAUGAGAGAGGAUGGAUUGGGUACACUGUGGCUGGACUGCUAUGGUUCUUGGGGACUUUGGGGAUGGUAUUUCUUUCCAAGCAUCGUGUUCCAAAGGUUUGGGGAGUUCCACUGGUUCCUUGGUUGCCAUCUUUGUCAAUUGUGAUGAACUUGUUUCUCAUAGGAUCUUUGGGUUUUGUGGCAUUUUUGAGGUUUAUAAUUUGCAGUGCAGUAAUGCUAGUAUAUUACCUGCUUGUUGGUCUUCAUGCCACUUAUGAUGUGGCUCACCAGAAUGAAGAAGUGUCAAAAAUUGAAGAGGUACAUAAAGCUGUAACAAUGGAGUAGUAAAGCAAACUGGUACAGCAUUUGGUGGUAGUUUAUACAUUCCUAGUGUUGUUCUUGACAAUGCUUUGAUAUUAUUUAAGUUGUGAUAUGAGUUUUUGGUGGAAUCUACCACUUUGAAAUGAAAUCAAACAUUUCUAAACUUUUCUUGUUA